UGGGGUUCUAUACAUGGGUGGAUCCAAGUUAACCUAGUACCAAUGAUCGGCAAGCUAAACCCCGACAAAGAAGUUUUAGCUGAACCUUGGAAAUUUUUCUGCAAAGCGGUUCAUUUUUUUUUUCUUCAUUUAUCGUCCAUUGAAUUGCGCGAACGAAGUAUCCAUAUAUUUGCCCGCUUCCGCGCCCAAAAAAAGAUAACGAGCAAUGGCAGGACCUGCUAGUACCACGUCCUCUAUGACCUCAACUUCUCAUACAUUAACACAUGCCCCAUCUGUAGGCUUUCUGUCUUCUUUCGCCGAUCCCUCCAAACCUUCCAGCGCCGUAGAGAUGCUGGAACUCUUCGAAGCUAUAAAGUCGGGAAAUCGACACAACUUUUUACAACCUGCAUCUUCGAUUCCAAAUGCCUCUCUUCAACUUGCCAAAGCAACAUUAGACGCAUAUGCGGGACAAAUAUGUGACGAGCAGCAGCAGCGCCAAAGAGAGGAGAGUAAAAAACGAAAAAGAGUCGAGGCCCGUCUAAGUAAUGGCGAACUACUGAAAAUCAGGAAGCUUCAUGUGGACGGUUUUGAAAGUGGCCAGGUCUGGCAGCAAGCAAGAAGGGUCAUCACAAGCGCCUUGCAUGAUUCGAAAGGCGCGCUCCAGGAACUAGAAGACCGGGACAUGAUAUUAGUAAACGGCGUCAACGGAGACUCUCACGCCGAUACACUUAAACCAGAUGAAAAUAUUUCGAAAGCCAUCCCGGAUAGCGAUGGAUCUGCCUCAGAACUAGACGAUCCAGACGAUUCGGAAGGAUCUAUAGAUAUCGAUGAAGACCUACUAGACGAGGAGGAUCUUGACGAUGACGCAGAACUAUCCGGAGAGGAGAUGGAGGAGGGCCUUGAGGAUAUCGAUGAGGAGGAGGGGGAGGAAGACUACGAUGACGAGGAUGAAGAGGAUCAGGCCUCACAAGAGCUCGUUGAAGAUCCGAAUGGUCUCAACGAUGGAUUUUUCUCGAUCGAUGAAUUCAACAAGCAAUCUCAACUGUUUGAGGAUGCGGAUGCCCGCGGAGAUCCAGAUAUUGAUCAGGCGAGUGACGAUGAAGAGAUAGACUGGCAUGCCGACCUACUCUCCGCGAAGCCAUCUACGAAUAAGAAGAAGCAUCCGAAGAUAGCUGAUAAAGUUGAGGAUGAAUUACUCUCUGACGUGGAGGGUGAUGAGGAUGACCAGGACGAAGAUGGAGGACCUACAUUCGGUGAUAUGGACUUGGAUGCACCGGAAGGAGAAAGUGAAGAUGAGGAAGACCAAGAGGAUGACGGAGAAGAUUUCAAUGCUAAUGAGAUCCAAUAUAAGGAUUUCUUUGCACCCCCCCAACGAAAAGGGGGCAAUCCCCGCAGAGACAGAAAGUUUAGGGGGACUCAACCUACGGAACCAGACAACAAUGAUGUUGACCGAGCAAUGGCUGACGUUCGUCGAGACUUGUUCGAAGACGAAUCGGAGCGGGAGGACUCGGAAGAUGCUCUAUCUGAUGCUUCGGCGGGCGACCCUAAAUCUAGAAAGUCUGCACAUGAAAGACGACAAGCUAAACUAGCACAAGAAAUUCGAAAGCUCGAAGCCGCAAAUGUAGCUAAGAGGGAAUGGGCAAUGUCUGGUGAAGCCAAGGCUAUCGAUCGACCAAUGAACUCUCUGUUAGAAAAAGAACUCGACUUUGAGCAUGUGGGCAAACCUGUGGCAAUUGUUACUGCGGAGAUGAGUGAGAGCAUCGAGGACAUGAUCAAACGCCGCAUUCUAGCCCAAGAAUUCGACGAGGUCAUCAAGAGGCGCCCCGAUGCCUCCGAGUUCUCAUCCAAUACUAGACGUGGACUUGUCGAUCUAGAGGACACCAAAGCCAAGCAGUCAUUAGCUGAGAUCUACGAGGAAGAACACGUGAAAAACGCGAACCCGGAUUCGUACGUUAGCAAAGCUGACGAGAAACUUCAAAAAGAGGAGAAGGAGAUUGAACAGAUGUGGAAGGACGUCAGCUCAAACCUCGACGCUCUCACUAGUUGGCACUACAGGCCAAAGCCAUCUGCACCCUCACUUACGGUCGUAUCAGACGUGGCAACGAUCAGUAUGGAAGAUGCCCAACCUACAACUGCACAAGGUGUGGGUGGUGGUGAUACCGCUCUAGCGCCCCAGGAGAUCUACAAAGCGGGCAAGGACACAGCUGAGAAGGGCGAAGUGGUUGGCAAGAACGGGCUACCGGUUGCGAAACAAGAGAUGAGCCGGGAAGAUAAGGCCAGAAGACGUAAAAUGGAGAAGGAGAGGACACGUAAGGCAGGCGGUCUCAACAACAAACCCCAGAGUGCCAAAGCACAGGCACAGAAACAAACACUGGGAGAUCUCAAGUUGGGCGGUGUCAAGGUCAUCAACAAGAAGGGUGAGGUUGUGGAUAUGGAGGGGAAUAAGGCGAAGGCAGCCAAGGUCGCGUCGAGCAAUAGCUUUAAGCUUUGAUGCGGUGAUAUGAUGAAUAGCAUAGUAAUACAGUUUAUACAGUUUAUGAUCUGUUAAA